AGGGGCCCGGAGGGGCGGGGAGGGAAGAGGAGUGGAGAGGAGCCGGGGGCGCGGGGCUGGCGGGGUUGGGGAACCGGGGGUUGGAGGGCGAUCCGGGGCACAGGUAGGUAGGGCCUGGGGUUAGGGAGGGGGUGAGGAUCCGACCUCUCCGCUCUGGGAUGUGGGGGUGGGAGGGAAGAGAUGGGGGUGGGGGAAGGACUGUUUCUCUCUGAGUCCCAAACAAAGUGUCACAAAGAGCUCGGCCCGCCGGCAGCCGAGGCAGCGGCUGAAGCUCCGCUUUUGUUCUCCUGAGAUGGGCUAGUCGAGCCCCUGGCUGCUCCCUCCAGGAGUCUGUCCCCAAUCAUUUUGCCCACCUCUUCUCCUCCGUAUCGGUUUGGGGCGGGGGUGGGGAGAUCCCUGUGUGAAUCCAGCCUAAUUUGCCAAUCCAAUUACUGGCAGGGCAGCAAGGAGGCUCUUCCCCCCAAAGAGCGUUCAGAUUUCCAUCCGGGGGCUGGGGGCUCCCAUCUAGGGGAUUCCUGCCUAGAUAUCGUCAGCUUUGGCUAUAGAACCUGGGGGUUUCACUAAUCUCAUCCCCUGCUCAAUCAGGCGGCCUUGUGAAACCACCAGGAGAGGGUCAUGUUGGGGUUUGGGUGAAGGCCAAGACUCUGGGGCAUUUCCACUGAUUAGCCUGAAAUUGGUUGGGCAAGUAAGUAUACUUUACUCCCUCCUGUCCUGUUUAGGUCCCAGAAUGAGGGCCUACCCCAGAACAGUGAAUUUGGAAAAAUAGUAGCUUUUACUCUAUAACUGGAGAUACUGAAGCUGAGUACCCCUAUCUUGAGGGGUGCCAAAGCCUUAGUUCAUUGGGUCCCUUUAGUCACACAGGUUUAGAUGAUCUGAGGGGGAACCAUGGUACUGCUAGUGGACUGGGGUGGUCUAUAAGUCCUUGGACUAUACUUCCCUCCACCCUACCUUCUCUGUAAGUCCUAUUGUAAGCAGUUUGGCCUCAGCAAUACCUUUCAGGAAGAUUUGGGCUCUUUACAGAGAGUUCAAGUUUUUAACAUGGAAGAAUUAGAUAUAUGUGUUACUGGACCAUAAAAGUACUAUUUUAUUGUGCACUUUGAUCCUAAGGGGUCACUGGUUGGCAAUGCAUAACCCACAUAGUACAGGAUGGCAUGAGGGCCAAUCUUGAGUGGCACUUCAGUUGGUCAUUGUCUCAUCUACCUGCUAUUUCCUUAUAUUUGCUCUCUCUACCCAUUUGUAAUGGGAGUUGCCUGUCCUAAAUCUCAAAUCCCCCCUGCAUUAGACUUGGGGGCCAGUAGGAUGGCACAUAAUUUAAGUUAGUGAUUCCUGCCUUAAGUCUCAUAUGACCUUCUUUAGAGUUAUAUGAUUGAAAAAAGUUAUGGAUUGUCAGGGAAUAAAAAAAUUUAUGUGUAUUUGGAAAAGGUGGGGGUGGGGGUGGGAAUGGAAAGUUGCUUUUCUGAUCAGCAUUGUAUCAGUCAUGACCUUUGAGUUUUGAAUUAGUUCAGACUUUAUGGGAAAUACACUAGUCUGUUAUAACUAGAUGAUAUAUCCAUGAAUCUUUAAUGGGGCCUCAGGCCCUAUUUCAAAGAAUCUAGGACUCCUCCAAUAUAAUUUUAGAUUGGGAUAAAUCCAGAGGACCAGAGUAUAGUGAUAACUCAUGGUAUCAAAGUGGACCUUGGUUGGUUUCUAAGGUUCAUUCCAGGUCACUAUUUUCUAGGAGAAUUUGAUCUACUUAGAAGGAUCCUCAGUGAAUUCUAAUUUUAGAUCAUUUAAGUGUUUAUUUAGGUGUCUAAUGGCUCUUUAAUAUUAUGCUUAGGAAUUAUGUCCCCCCACUACCUUGAAGACAAUCUUCUGUGAUAAUUUCUCCCAGGAAAUUUCUCCCAGCUCUCUUGAGCUCUGGUCCUGGACCUAGACAGGAGCUCUAGAACCUUUUCAGGGUCUGGGAGGCAUUGGAGAGAAGUUCAUGAAACAUCUAUUAGUUAAUGGGUUCUGGAUAUUCAGUAUCCCCAUCCCUAAUAUGCAAGUUUCUUUGAAUAUACAAGAUUGGUUGUAUACUAGGAUGUUUUGGAAUCCCCAAGAGAGCUCCAGAAUGUGACAGCUUUAAGAAAUAGAUUCUUCAGUUACUGAUCCCAGGAUGUACAAACUGUAAUCAGCAGGACAUUGCUCCUCAUAUCUAGUAAAUUAAUGCAGUUUCACUUAUUUUCCAUGACUUUUUUUGUUUUUAAUUUUCAGUGACAUUGAGAAGUACAAAAGAGCCCCUCAUAGUUGAGAGAUGUCCUCUUUCUGUUUUCCAGUGCCCUUUAUUGAUGUUGAGAGGACAAAGAUGGCCAUUCUGAUCCCCCUUGCCCCAGACGCUUCCACCAGAGGCUUUCCCUCCUCCCUACAAUCCCUGGCACCAAAGAAUGUGAAGUGAGUCCAUGGAGGGCUCACGUCCUCGCUCCCCGGGCGGCCCCCUUGCCCUGCCAGCCUUCGACGGCGAGCUGGACCUCCAGCGUUACUCCAACGGGCCGGGCGUGAGCGGGGGGCCGGCAGGAAUGGGAGCAGCUGGCUGGCCCGAAAGCCGAGGGGGCGGGCGGCGCUUCCCGUGCCCAGUAUGCGGGAAGCGCUUUCGCUUCAAUUCGAUUCUGGCGCUGCAUCUGCGGGCCCACCCAGGCGCCCAGCCCUUCCAGUGCCCGCACUGCGGCCACCGCACGGCUCAAAGGGCUUUGCUGCGCUUGCACUUGCGCACGCACCAGCCAGAGCGCCCGCGCAGCCCCGCCGCGCGCUUGCUGUUGGAGCUGGAGGAGCGCGCCCUGUUGCGGGAGGCCCGGCUGGGCAAUGCGCCCGGGGCGCUCCUGCAAUCUACGCCCUCCGCAGAGCUGCCCGCUCCGGCUCCGGCCCCGGCCCCGGUCCCAACUCUACCUGCCUUCCGUUGUCCCUUCUGCAAAGGCAAGUUCCGCACGGCCGCGGAACGUGAACGCCACCUGCACAUCCUCCACCGGCCUUGGAAAUGCAACCUGUGCAGCUUCGGGUCCAGCCAGGAGGAGGAGCUGCUGCGCCACAGCCUGACAGCUCAUGGCGCUCCCGAGCGCCCCUUGGCGGCCGCCUCGGCUGGGCCUCAACCCCUCCCCCUGCCUCUUCCCCUGCCCCUGUCCCUGCCCCAGCCAGAAUCCGAGUCGGCCCCAGAGCUCGAACCCGAGCCGGAGCCGGAGCCGGAGCCUGCCCCAGCUCCAGCCACCGCCCCCGAGGAACCUCCGGCGCCCCCAGAGUUCCGUUGUCAAGUCUGCGGCCAGAGCUUCACUCAGUCCUGGUUCCUCAAAGGCCACAUGCGCAAGCAUAAGGCCUCCUUCGACCACGCGUGCCCUGUCUGCGGCCGCUGCUUCAAGGAGCCUUGGUUCCUCAAAAACCACAUGAAGGUGCACGCCAGCAAGCUGGGAGCACUGCGUGCGCCAGGGCCCGGCUCGGGUCCUCCUCGGGCCCCUCCCCCUCCUGACCUGGGCUUAUUGGCUUAUGAGCCCCUGGGCCCAGCGCUGCUGUUAGCCCCAGCUCCGCCACAGGGCGAUCGAGGCGAGCCCCCGGGCCUACUGGGUUACCUGAGCUUGAGAGCUGGAAAAGCCAGGCCUAACGGGGAGGGCACGGAGCCAGGGGUUGGCCGGGGCUUCGGGGGGUUCCGCCCACUCCCGGCCCGGGAGCGUCGUCCCCGCCUGGAGGAGCAAGAGGAAGAGGAAGAGGAGGUGGUGGUGGAAGCAGAGGACGACAGCUGGACUCGGAGCAGGGCCCUUGGAGCGCUGGCUUCACUUCAUAGGCGGCCAGGGGAAGGCUCUGGUCAUCCUGCUCCUACUGCGGGGGGCCAACCCCGGUCUGCAGCCUCCCAGGAAGAGAAUGGGCUGUUAGUAGGGGGAGCAAGGCCUGAAGGGGGCCGGGGAGCCUCUGGCAAGGACUGCCCCUUCUGUGGAAAAUCCUUCCGUUCUGCACACCACCUCAAAGUGCAUCUGCGGGUUCAUACAGGUGAGCGCCCCUACAAGUGUCCCCACUGCGAUUACGCUGGUACUCAGUCGGGCUCCCUCAAAUAUCACCUGCAGCGCCACCAUCGAGAGCAAAGGAGUGGGGCAGGACCCGGGCCACCUCCGGAGCCUCCACCCCCUCCUCAACGGGGCUCAGCUCCAUCCCAAGGGGCCAAACCCAAUCCUACGCCCCCAACCUGGGCGGAGGGUGCCAUGAGCUCCCGCCUCCCUUCCAGCGCCACUGCCCCCUCCCGUCGUAAACCUGUGAGCCCCGGGAGGACCCUGCGCAAUGGGCGAGGUGGUGAAGCUGAGCCUCUGGACCUGUCCCUGCGGGCGGGGACCGGAGGUGAGGCCGGGGCCGGGGGCUCCCUGCACCGCUGCCUCUUCUGCCCUUUUGCCACUGGAGCUCCCGAGCUCAUGGCUUUGCAUCUGCAAGUGCAUCACAGCCGUAGGGCUCGGGGUCGCAGGCCACCCCAGUCUGCUCCUUCCCCUCCCUCCUCAGCUUGCGUCCUGUCAGGGGAGUUGACCCCCAGCCCUCCACAGGACGGGAAUGGGAGCCCUGGGCUGUCCCGACAGGGGGAGGCUGCAGGGGCUGGGGUGGGAGGGCAGGAACGAUAGGGAGCCCAUUUAGGGGCAGGUAGACUAGAGAGAGCGCUCACCUUGAGGGAGCGGGAAAUCACUAGAGGUAGUUGGGUAGGGCAGCCAGCAGGGGGCAGCUCGGAACCCACAUCCAGUCCUCAGGCAGAUCUGGGCAGAGCCGGGAGAAGACAGCCUGGGAUGUGUGGGUUGGAGGGCGGUGUCCACCCUGUCCUGGGGAGAGUCACAGUGCCUUAGAGUGGCGGAGGUGGGGGGCAGAGAGCAGAUUCCGAGGGCGGGGAAGGGGACCCGGUAGAGAGGGCCACCCCACCAGUCCUUGCUGGUCCAUAGUCGUGAGAGUUUAUUUUUGUACGAGGGGGACCGUCCCACCCUCCUCCUGUCCCUAGCAGGGGUCCUGUAGACGUUGCUAUUUUUGGUACGAUCCCCGCAGACCCGGUUUUCCCCAAUAAACAGGUGUCUUAAGGCA